CACCAACCAACGUUCAGGGCAAGGAAAAUGGGCCAAUGAGGAAAUACAUGUAUUUAUUGGACGACAGUAACAAUAGUGAUUAUAGGAGUAGUAGUAGUAGUUCUCAUGUCCUACUUAAAUUUGUUUUUAUAUUAUCAUUAUUAUUAUUACUACUAACGUUAUUAUGAUGGCUGUUUCCUUACUAUUUGAUGUUUGUGCUUUCCUCCCACUUUUAGUUAUUUAAAUUAACGAAUUGGAGAACAGAUUUCUCUUCUAUAUAUGCUUGUCAUAUCUAUGAAGAAGAAAACAAACAAAACAUCAUAAAUGAAUAAAAAUAAAAGAAGAAACAGGAAAAGAAAAUAAUCUUAAACUAUUCCAAAGACAAAAACAUUAAUGUCUGUCAAACGAAUAAAAAUCAAAUUAUCUUUAACUAGAUGUAUGAAUGUAUUGAACUGGAAUUUUCACUGUUAUUCAAAAAGACAUGGAUCCACUAGAUGUUUGUUAUGUUUAUUUGAAUUACAACCAUUUAAUUGAAUAAAUUUUUUGAUUUGUAAACGAUCGGAAAACAACAAUAUUUCUUAAGAGUGUAAAUGACAGUGAUAAUAAAUUGGAUUUCAUAUAAUCUGGAUGAAUGUAUUAUGUUAUUAUUGUUGAUGGGGAACAUAAAAGAUGAACAUAAAUAAAACUGAAUAAUCUCAUGAUUUAUGAGGUACAUUUCAAUUGUAUAUGAUAGAUAGUGAAUUAGUUAAAGUAUGAUUUUAUUUAUAUUUGAAGAAUAUGUGUUAAAAUUGAUUCAAACCUGUUUGUUAUUCGCUUUAUACAUUACAACAAUCAAUCAUCAUUACAAUUUACAAAAAGAAAUAAUGUUAUACAAAACCAUAGACUUUAUACCUUGUUGGAUAUUUCAUCUCCCAUUGUUACAUGGAAGUCGUCAUCAGCAAAAUUUCACUCAAAAAUUACGAGAUUACACUCAACAUCGUAACCGACAACAACCAAGUAGCUAUCAAGUUAACAAACAAUAUCAAAAUGGAGAACAACAAAGUUUUAUAAAAUUUGGACAUUUACCGUCAACAUCAAAAAUGAUAACACGACAUGUUUUACUAAACGAUGAUUCAGCUACAACUAUCACAAAUCUAUUGCAUGCUAAGUAUCCUACAUUUGAAUCGUACAACAAGGAUCUUUCGAAAGUUUAUCAUCAUUCAAAGAAUUUAUCUAUGCACUAUUUACCAAAUAAAACAUCCACAAUGAAAGCAAUAAAUGGAUAUGAAGUACACAGAGAUUGCUAUUGGAAUACAGAUGGUAGACAAGAAAUCCCAUGUAUAUUAAAUCCAUAUCCAUUAUAUGAAAUGAUUAGAAAAUUCCCCAAUGUAGAUAUACAUAAAUUAUAUCAUAAUUCUGAAAUAAGUUUGUCUCAGCCUUUCAAUCAUAAACAGAAAUUAAUUAAAAUGAUACUAACUUAUGAAACUGGUGAAAAUGCUUAUCUUCCAUGUCAUACUUUAGGUGCAGAGGACAGUGAAACAAUUAUUUGGGAGAAAGGACAAAAUCCUUUAUUUGUAUCUACAGUUAGUUUUAUGCAAGAUUCUAGAUUUCGUUUAAAUAUCAGUGAUGAAAAUUACUUCCAUAAUGAAACUUAUCCUUAUAAUAUUAAAACAAAACAUUCUAAAGAUUAUAAUGAAAGAUUUAUAUUAAAAGAUAAUCAAUUAUUUUAUCAAAAUUAUUUAAAUAAAUAUGAUAUUAGAAAUAAUUGGAAACGUCGUCGAUGGGAUUUAAUUAUUGAUUUUAUAACACCAAAAGAUUCAGAUAUUUAUACAUGUAUGCUUAUGGGAAGAACAUCACAAAUGAUCAGUUAUCAUGUAAUUGUAAAUGAAUCAGCCUCUAGAAUCAAUUACAGUCGGAAAAGAUUAAUUACAAUAUCAUCUCCAACCUUGAUUACUAUUGGAUCUGCAUUUAAUCUCACUUGUUCAGUGUAUGUUACAAAAGAUAAAUCAGUUAAUAUAGCAGUAGACUGGUUCCGACCAACUUAUUCAAUUGAAAGCUCUUCAAGUCGACCUAUGAUAUUGGUUAAUCCACAAGUAUUUAACAACAUUUUAUCUAUGCAAUCGGAUUUAAACUCACACAAUUCAAAGUACAGUAAUAUCAGUAAUGUAGUUGGUGAACUUGCUUAUUCAUUUCAACAAAUCACCAGCAGAUCAUCGGUUGGAAUAACCAUUUAUAAACAAGUUACCGGUGAAUUAAAUUAUAACUAUCGUAGUGAAGUACUUCUUACUGUACAGUCAGCCAAAGAAAAUGAUGGUGGUCUUUAUGAAUGUAGAGUGUAUGAAGCAGCAAAUUAUGGACAAGAAAAAAUCAUAGACAGAGCAUUUUUAGAUAUUAUCAUACGCAAAAGGUAUCCCCACAAUUCAUUUGAGCAAAUUGAAUUAAAUGCAAAGCUUAGAAAACUUUUAUCAAUAUUUUGGAAAUUAAAUCCUUCUCAGAAAAAUAAUAAUUUACACGAUCAACAUGCACAAAAUGAUGUGGCAUCCAGAGUUCGAGCGAAAUACGGAAUACAAAAUAUAAGUCAAGAGAAAGAUCAUGAACUUAAAUCAAUCAAUAAUAUCAAUAAACAUUUCUUCAAAGAAAAUGAAGGGAAAUUCAGUUUACUGGAAACACAAAAUCCUCGUAUGAGGGCUCGAACUUUAAAAAAUUCUAACUCUUACUUAUGUGUUUCUCAAAUAUUUUUGUAUUUUUCAAUCAUUUUGCAGAUAAUUUUGAUCAUAAAAUGAAGUAUUUUUAAGGAUUCUUUAUAAUAAACUGCAAAACAAUAAAGUAAUUAAAAUAAACUACAAAAAAAAAAUUCAAACACCCCUCUUGAAGUUUUUAUCCAGUACUUAAAAAAAAUCGAUUAAGAUGAUGAAACACAUCAAUGAACAGCACCUUAUAAUGUGUAUUUGUAUUCCAUAUAGUAUGUACAUACUUAAGAGAGAAACUCUCACAACAAUAUAUCUUUCAUUAUGUUUUCUUGCCAGUUGGUUUUCACAUUUCCGUUAUUUGUUUAUUUUAAUUCUAACUUUCUUGCAUAUUUAUAAAAGACAUUAAAAUCAUUAUGGAUUUCUUUCAUAGAAUUAUUCAAUUAACUGUAUAUAGAUUUAUUUAGGAUUCAAUUAUUUAUGAUAAAUUAUUUUCUUUACCAGAUAACUAACUAGAAAAACUAACUUCUCACAAAUUUUUUUGCUUCACAUUUUUUGUGAUAAAACAAUCGAACACAUUUGUCUAUAAAACAUAUAAUCAUUCAAGAUUAAUCAUUAUCUUUUGUAUAUAUACAGAACCUAAGAAGGAAAAGUUAUAUAUUUGCUUUCUUUAAAGAUACAUAUGUAUAUUUAUAUAAUUCAUCUAAAGGGAUUUACAUUUAAUAAUUAAUUAAGUAGUAGUUUUAAAUUGUUUAAAAUUUUCUAUCCUUAUACCUCAUUGUGUUGUUUUGAAUUUUUAAUGGUUGAGUGGAAGUUUGACAAUAAUAAAUAAAGCAUAAUCAUUUGUAGAUAUCAUUGACCUUGAAUAAAUUGAGUAAUAAGGUAGAUUGUUAUAAAUAAAAUUAAUAUAUUUAUAUUAUUCUAAUUAUUAGAGAUUAUUUAUUGUCUGAAGAAGUGGCCCACAUUGAGUCAAGAAACAUCAGAAAAUCUAUUUUUUUUCUGCUCAUUGGAAUAUCACUAGUAUAUUAAUUUAUUUAAAGUAUAAUAAUGUUUAUCAUGGUAUUUGUAAUAUACAUAUAUGUAUUCCUUCGAUACUGUUCAACGUAAAUCACAUGAUCAUUAUUGAAUGUGUAUGUAAACAAGUAAGCUCUUUUAUUUUAUAAUAUAUUAGAUAUUAUUUUCAACUUGGAUUAAAAAUACUUAUUAUGUACCUGUGAAUAAAUUUUACUAAAUUCAUAUUUGACAAUGUUCAUACUUGUUGUUCUUUCGUUUUUGUAAUGAUAUGUAUAGAUUACAAAUUUUUCUGUUGUUAUUCAAUUUAUUAAACAACCUAUUUGCAAUUAAUCAUAUUGUGGUGUGGGUUGCUUAUAUCAACAUAAAUAGUAUAUGAUGAUGGUCAGGCAUAGAAUGUAUUUCAAUAGAAGAACGGAAACGGAACGUAAUUGGUAUAAAAAUGCUUGUACAAAAAUAAGUGGAGACGAUGGAUUGAUAUUUGCAGAAGGAAUAGUCAAGAUUGCGACAAUUGAUUGAUAGUUUUCAAUUUAACUAUUUACAAUAUAAUUCUCAAAUUUUACUGAGAUAUUCUGUAAUUUUGUGCCUAAAUACAUUCCAUUGUCCCCACCCGUGUUCUCGUUCACUACCCUAUCACCCAAAAUAAACAAAAAAGGGAAAUACCAAAAAUGUACGUUUGUUUAAUUCACUUGUUGAAUUCUCUUUCAUUUGUUUUCUUUUAAAUCUCCUUAUAAUCAUACAGAUGAUUUUUUAAAAAAAAAGACGUAAUCAGAAGUGAAUUGAUAAAACUUAAAUCAGAAGAGGGUUUUGUGGGGAUUUUAAGUAAUUUUAUGGAUGCGCACUGCUGAGGAG